GGCCUAGCCCGGCCCAGUGCAUUGUACUGACCGUCUAACGCGGGUUGUGCAACGAACUCUCCUAUUCUCUUGCUAAGUUAUAUCCCCAUGAAUACAAAACUGGUCUGAUCAUCUCAUGUUCGAGAUCUCGUUUUGUGAUAUUCAGACAUAACCAACCAAAGCAAUGCCACCAUUCUUGAUCUGCCAUGAUGCAAUCACGAUCCGUCUUUGCGCAGAGAUUCAGUUUCAACUUUGUAUUUAUCAGUCUGUGUUCUUGAACUUUCAGUCCUUGAGGGUAAUCUGUGUGUUUGAAUAGAGCUUGAUUAUCAGCAUGGAGGAAUGGGGAGGUCCGUCACUCGCCGAAACGCCGACCUAUGCGGUCGCAGUUGUGAUCAGUGUCAUGGUCGCGCUCGGUGCCUUCUUCCAAAAUUCCUUGGAAUGGUCUGCAAAGAGGUUGGAACAGAACAAGAGGAAAGCCCAGGUUGCUGCUCUAGAGAAGAUCAAGGAUGAGCUUAUGCUUUUCGGGUUUCUCUCGCUGCUGAUGGGUCACUGGAUCGUGUACUUCGCAAAGAUUUGUGUCAAAUCUUCGACCUUGAGCAGCCGGUUCCAUCCUUGUGUGAGAAAAAACGUAAUCAUGGCGGUGGAGAAUGUCGUCUUCCCGAGUUUGAAGAAGUUAAAUGAAUCGGGUUAUAGCAUCGAAGUGAUCAUAGGGAGGCAGAAUCAUUGUCCUAAGGGACAUGAGCCUUUCGUUUCAUAUGAAAGUCUCGAGCCGCUUCAUCGCCUUCUGUUCGCUCUUGUCAUUAUUCAUGUAUCUUACAGCUUUGCAGCCAUUGCCCUGGCAAUUACUAAGAUAUACAGUUGGCGAACAUGGGAGAUCCACGCUAAGAGAAUGACCAUUAAGGAAGGUUCUCCAAGCACGAUGAGGAUGAUGAGAAAAUCAACCUUCAUUUUCCACCACAACUUGCAUCCUUGGAGCAAGGACAGAGUUCUCGUUUGGCUGCUUUGCUUCGGCCGCCAAUUCUGGAGUUCUAUUAACCGAGAGGACUACAUGGCUUUACGGUUGGUCUUCAUUACUACACAUAAACUUCCUCUAUCUUACGAUUUCCAUAACUUUAUGGUCCGGAGCAUGGAGGAGGAAUUCCGUGAUAUUGUUGGCAUUAGUGUGCCCUUUUGGAUAUAUGCGAUAUGCUGCAUACUCUUAAAUAUUCAUGGAACCAACUUCUACUUCUGGUUUUCCUUCCUUCCAGCAGUUCUGAUCCUUCUAGUUGGCACCAAGCUGCAGCGCGUGGUGGCAAAGUCAGUGGUCGAGAUCAGGGACUCCUGCCCAGCCAGAGGACAUCAUCAUCUUAAUCUGAGGGAUGAGCUCUUCUGGUUCGGCAAACCAAAGCUUCUCUUGUGGUUGGUGCAUUUCAUAACCUUUCAGAAUGCAUUCGAGAUGGCGACUUUUAUUUGGUCCCUGUGGGAAAUUCAGGGUGCUUCUUGUUUCAUGGACGACACCAGAUUCCUGGUGACCCGGUUAAUAUUCGGGAUUGUUUCCCAGUUCUGGUGCAGCUUCGUUACUUUCCCCCUUUACGUUUUGGUCACUCAGAUGGGCUCGAGUUCCAAGCAGGCCCUGAUCUCUGAGAACACUAGGAGAUCGCUCAGCAUGUGGAAGCAGCGGGCCAGGAGGAGUUGCACAUCGUCCAGCCAGUCACUUCUCCACGAGACCUCGGCCACGUCGACGGACUGCUCGCUGGCCAAGCGGGCCAGGAGCUCCAGUUUCUCAGGGUGCAGCAUGGAAGGAGGCGGUUCUUCGGGGACCAACCUCCCGUGCCAUGAGGCUGCUCUAUCCGCCGGAGGGAGUCACAAUACCCUGGAAGAGCUUAUGUCGGGAGAUGUGUACCAUUGCAUUCCAAGUUCCGACGAGUACAGCGGUCACGACGAGUCGGACUGCGAACGAACCUGAAAGCUUCAUUCCGGGGGAAGUCAAUUUCAGAAGUUCUUGCUCAUCUAUCCCUUCGUCGACAUUAGAGAAAAUCAAACUAGUUUUGUGAUAUCAUUUACUUCCAAACCCAAUCCAUCUUGUACGAACCUUUUCACCAUUGACGAGCGGCGAAGGGACAGGAAUGAACUGAAUCUCACAUCGCUAGAGAUGGUGAGAUAAUAUCCUAUUUAAGGAGUAGGACCAAUCUCAACUAUCAACAAUGUCCUCGUAACAAUGUCCUCGUUGUGGUGGCUUCCGCUGCACAAACAAUACGGCCUCAGGCCGCAGGAUUUCUCUUGAA